AUGGACUCCGCAGUUGACAUGAACGAUGCCUCCAAGACAAUCUACACUCCCGGCGCCAUCAAAAUCCCCAACAGCAACCUCUCCUUCUUCGACUGGUACUUCUUCGAACAGGAGAAGCUCCAAUCCCUCAUCCGACGCUACGAAUCCCCCGACGAAUACCCCUUCUUCCCGGACGCCGUGCAGACCCCGAUCCUCAAGCCCCUCAACUACCCCAAGGUUCUGCACCCCAACGACGUCAACGUCAAUGACAAGAUCAAGAAGUUCUACAUUGAGAAGUUCCUGCCCGCCGUGUGCCCCGAUUUCGGACGCCAGGACCGUGGCGAGUCGCAGGAGAACUAUGGCUCCGCCGCAACGUCAGACUUUGCGUGUUUGCAGGCGCUGUCGCGGAGGAUCCAUUUCGGCAAAUUCGUCGCCGAGUCCAAGUACCGGUCAGACCCAGAAAAGUACAAGAAGCUGAUUCUGGCGAAUGACCGACUGGGCAUCGAGGAGAGCAUUACGAACAAGGCGGUUGAGAAGUCUGUGCUCGCCAGGUUGCGGCUGAAGGCGUUGACGUAUGGGAAGGACCCAUCCAUCUCGGAUGACUCUGACGAGCAUGUCAAGAUUGACGUGGACGCCGUGGUAGCCAUGUACGAGGAUUUUGUGAUUCCGUUGACGAAGGAGGUUGAGGUUGAGUACUUGAUGCAGAGGUUGGAGAGGGAAGAAUAG